AGAAUGGUAAAAUGUCAUGCAAGAAGGCACUCAACAUGACAAUGGAGGAACAUCGAUUAUUGCCGGAGCUGAAUCCUCAUUGCUCUAGUAUGCUAUUGGAAUCUUAGAACGCCACAUUUUAUCGCUUGUUGGAAAAUCCGAACAAUUUCAUGUGUAUGCGCUCGGAGGAUAAAAAAUCUAUCUGCUUUUUUAUUUGAUAUUGAUCAAAGUUAGAUUGUAAUGUGUACGGAAGUGUCAUUCUUAAUGAAUGAAUGUAUAAGAUAGUGCCAAACUAGAAUACAAAGUGGCUACAGCAGUUGCUAUACAAAUAGUAGACAUGUUCUUUCUUAAAUCACUCAAUACUUAGUACAUGGACACUUUAAACAUUUGUUGGACUUACAUAUUUAUAGAGUUGUAUCCAAGGGAAACGAUUUGGAAAUUACUUGUGUUUUUGUGUGGAUUGUGCCGAGUUGAGACGAUAGUUGCCAAGAGGCAGAAAUUGGUUGGUGCAUAGAUGUCCGCGAAAGAUAACAUACGGACAAAUAAAGGAUGUCUUUCAGACAUGGAUUAUUUCCUUAGAACUGUAAUAUUGAUGUGGCCCAUAUUAACCGUGCUAGCUUUCCAAGGAGCGACUACCCAAGACUUAUCAAUGAAGUUCAAAAAUGCAUCAGAAGCCAUUGAGAGACUGUUAGAUGGGUAUGACAUUCGACUGAGACCGGAUUUUGCAGGCGACCCGCUGUCAAUUGGAAUAGAGGUUAUUUUAGCAAGCUUUGAUGCUAUUUCAGAGGUCAACAUGGACUAUACUAUAACAAUGUACUUGAAUCAAUACUGGGAGGAUAACAGACUUGCCUUCUCUAGCAACGAAACUGACAGCAUGACAUUAUCAGGAGAUUUCGCAGAGAAAAUUUGGGUGCCUGAUACAUUUUUCGCCAAUGAUAAAAAUUCUUUUUUACAUGAUGUCACAGAAAAGAACAAAAUGAUUCGACUUUUUGGAAACGGUUCAAUCAUCUAUGGUAUGAGAUUUACGACAACAUUAGCGUGUAUGAUGGAUCUACAUCAUUAUCCACUUGAUGUCCAGAACUGUACGGUAGAAAUAGAAAGUUACGGCUAUGCGAUGUCUGAUGUGGAACUGUACUGGAGAACUGAAUCUGUUCAUAAUGUAGAUAAUGUUGAAUUGCCCCAGUUUGACGUCGUCGAAUAUAAAGCAAUAAAUAAAAUAGAAUCUUUAUUAACAGGAAAAUACCAGCGAUUGUCUCUUAGUUUCAAGCUACAGAGAAAUAUUGGCUACUUUGUAUUCCAGACGUAUCUACCAUCUAUACUGAUCGUUAUGUUAUCUUGGGUUUCGUUUUGGAUCAAUCAUGAAGCGACGUCAGCACGAGUAGCACUAGGUAUAACAACAGUGUUAACCAUGACUACAAUCAGUAAUGGUGUACGAUCUUCCCUGCCACGUAUAUCAUACAUCAAGGCUAUAGACAUUUAUCUUGUAAUGUGUUUUGUGUUUGUGUUUGCCGCGUUACUAGAAUAUGCAGCUGUAAACUACACAUACUGGGGGGCACGUGCAAAACGAAAAGCUAAGAAAGUCAAGGACGGAGGAACAACCAAUAUCUUACGUGGUCCAGGGAUUGACAGAAAUUCUAAAGAAAUGGAACAAGAAACCUGCAUAGAGGAGGCAAACAACAUAAACAUUUCACCUCUACCCGCCAUCCGUAAAUCGUACCAACAUGUGUUUAAUUUUGAGACAGAAGUAACAAAUGAACCACCAGUUAUCAGAAUGGCGCCAGUACUUCCGCGAACUUGUGUUGCUAAAGGAUAUACCCCAAAUUCUUUGCUCAGAAGGCGAAAUGGAAACCUUGUACAGAAGAGGAAACUUCUGUCUACUGUCAAACAAACAGCUAAAAUAUUGAAACCUAAGUUGCCCGUAGUAAGGGAUGUGAAUGUCAUAGACAAAUAUGCACGACUUCUGUUCCCGUUGUUGUUUAUAGUAUUCAAUAUAACUUAUUGGGGCUAUUAUUUGAUCAAGCAGUACCAGUCUCAUCGGUAACAAAUCAACUAUACAUGGCUAUACCGGAUCAUUCACAAUCUAUUCACAACUAACCCCCGAGUGCAUAUAAAUAUUUGAAGGAUAAAAAGCUAUUAAUGGGUUGUCUUUUAAUGGUGGAAUAUUUGUUUGUAUCUUCAGCCUAAAUCUGCUGAGUUUCUUAAAUAUAGACUUCAGUUUUUGUAACAGCCAAUGAAGAUGAAAAUCUAAUGAUAGUAAGCCAGCAAUCUGGUCAGUACCAGGCUAAUUGACAUAAGUUAAGAUCUCACCAAAACACCAAAGUUGAAAGAAAACAAUCAAUUUCGGAAGUAGCGUUUGGCGCAUUCACAAAAUCAUCGCUGAACCCAUUUGUGAAGGAAUUUUUAUCUUGUUUAAGUAUGUAUUCAUGUUCGUUAAUCAACAGGAAUACUUUUUGCUAAAAAUCUUUCCACAUUUUAUCUUAAGAAGAAAAAAUACAGUUUCUGUAAGUCUUAUAGAAUAUUUACACAUUUUCAUAAAACUAAACUUGAAUUAUGUAUGUUUAUUUUAAAUUAAACAUAUCUGAAAUCGAACAUGGCUUCAAAUUGGAAUAAAGAAAAUAGUAAAAACUGUACCAACCAGCAACUAAAUGUUACCGUACUUUUAUAUACGCUAUCUGACAACAAGAUGGAAAUGUUUCAUUGCUGAUCAAAUAGACAGGUUGUGUUCUUGAUGACAAAAUCGAUCAUUUUGUAAAUAAAAUUCUUAUUGGAAGUACAUUUGUUACAGUUUGUAAAAUAAUGUUAAAAAAAUAACAAUGUAAAAUAAAAAUAUACUGCCAGUGUCUUUAAAAUAAAAAAGAAAGUUGUGUAAAGAUAUCAAGUUAAAUUUAAGUUUAAUUCCUUAAAUUCCGCAUUUCCACACACAUGUUCAAAUAUUGUUCUUUUAAAAUCGAUAUUUGAUUAGUAGUAUUUAAAAGAAAAAAAAUCAACACUUUUACGUACGUAGAAUCUUUGCCUCGUAUUUCCGACUAAAAAUGUUAUGUUAGUUAUUACACAACGUACAACUCUAGCAAGGAACGAAUCUACUUAAUGUUUUGGCAAGAAAGGUAAAGGGUUCAAAGAGAGAUACAGUGAUGGUACACAUUUAAUUGUGUAAGAUUGCAAGACAUUGUAGAGAUUUCGUUUACCCACUGUGUGGAACUUAAUUGAUUACAGUAAAACAUGCUUUCUUAACGGAACUAUCACGUUGAACGUAUGCUAAACUUCCACAUCAUCAUUGCCAAUAACACUUGUGCUAUAUUAUCAUCUGCCAUCCAAUACCAUCUGCAAGUCUAUUUACCAUUCAAUAUCAUCCAUCUGCAAUCUAAGUCUACCUACCAUCCACGAACUUAUACCACCUGCAACCCAAUGCUUAGGCGACCCAAUACCAUCCACAAUCAAAUACCAUCUUGCAUUCUAAGACAAUCGCCGUUUGUUUCCGCCGGGUUUCCCCAUAGCCGGUUAUCCUGUGAGCAACUUAUAUUUACACCUUGUUCAAGAUACAUGUAUUUUAUUGAUAAUUUAUUUAUUAUAGCAUUUGUUGUUUCUGUGUAUUAUAUAUUUAAAUAAUUCAAGCAUAUUCAUAUAUUUGAAAUUGAUGUUUUUAAUCUGAAGGAGGAAUAUACUGAUAAAUCUU